CCACCGUCACAUGACACACAAGACUAAGCAAGGAUGGACUUAACGAUGUAAACACAAUAAAACUAAUAAUAAGGAUCGUGUUUCUGUACGAUUUUGGAAAGUCGUACGUCGUUGAGGAUGGCGUACCAUUAUGUUGACCGUGAGGCUGUUUUGUUCUAGUGUACUGGCGUAGCAGUCGGUACUACAGCUCUACCAAAUUGUUAGCAAAGAUGAACGCUUUAGUUGCCCUUUGCCACUUUUGUGAACUCCAUGGGCCACGGACACUGUUUUGUACAGAGGCCGUUCACCCUCCCUCCCCGUCUCCCUCGCAGGCUGGAUCAGCCAUUCCUUGCGACCGGGACCGAGAGAUGGACAGGGAGGGCGAGGGUCUCACCAUGAGAGCCAACAGCUCUGCCACACAGAAAGCCGAUAUGUGCGAGGGCUGUCGUUCACUACCUGCAUCCCACCCAGGGUUUGUGAGCGUGGACGGUGAGACGGGUAUUCGCUAUAUAAGCCAUCAGCACCCACGCCAGCCGCAGCUCUUCAGCGUGGUGCGACAGGCAUGUGUGCGGAGCCUUAGCUGUGAGGUUUGUCCUGGUAGGGAGGGGCCCAUCUUCUUUGGAGAUGAACAGCAUGGAUUUGUUUUCUCCCAUACGUUUUUCAUUAAAGACAGCCUUGCACGGGGCUUUCAGCGCUGGUACAGCAUUGUUGUGGUGGCCAUGGACAGGAUCUACCUUAUCAACUCCUGGCCAUUCCUGCUGCGCCACCUGCGGCUAACCAUUCACAGUCUACAAAGCACAGCACUCAAGGUGUUUGACAGCGAGCAGUGUGUGUGUCCUCAAAGGGCGGUGCGUAUGAACAGUGCAUUUUCCCCUGCGGUGUUCCCCCAUCAGCGUAGCGGCAAUGCGGCCCGCUCACUCACAUCCCUAACCCAGCAUCCCAACCUGUGGGCCAGUCUACACUCCUCAUUCAGCUGGUUACUGAAAGCUUGUGGCAGCCGGUUAACUGAAAAACUUUUGGAAGGAGCACCCACAGAAGACACACUGGUUCUCAUUGAAAGACAAACUGAACAAGAAGAAGAGAUGACUGGCUGGGAUGGUGCUGAAGGGGGCGGAUCUAAUCCUCAACCCAGCCAAUCGGAUAGUAUGCUGGCCAGAGAUUUUCAUUGUGAUGAUGGGACGCAAGAGGACCUUCUUGGGCCAAAGUUUAAAUCACUGAGACAUUUAAGACAGGUCCUUGGUGCUGCAGAUUUUCGACAACUGGCAUGGCAUGUUCUCAUGGGAAACCAAGUCAUAUGGAGAAGUGCAGAUCCUGGCCUCAUCCAGUCAGCUUUUAAUGUAUUAAAGGCUUUGCUUCCUGUUGGCUGUGUCCGAGCAGUUCCAUACAGUCCUCACUAUGAGGAAGCAUAUCGAUGCAACUUCCUUGGGAUAAGCCCAGAUGUACAGAUCCCAGCCCAUGUCAGUUCAUCAGAGUUUUCAGUGCUGGUGGAUGUUCUUAAUGUCGAGCGUGGAUGUGUAAAUCCUAUGUCGGAUGACUACAUUCUUUCACUUUACCAGUUCAACAUUAGCAGUGCCAACACGCAACCCGUGGACAGAGGUCCAACUCUGUUGAAUAAGAUUGAAGUGGCUCUUUGUAAUGAGAAUCUGUCAGUGGAGGUGGUGUCUCUCUGUCUGCUGUGUCUCAAAGAAGAGUGGAUGAACAAAGUGAAGGUUUUAUUUAAGUUCUCCAAGGUGGACGGCAGAGGUAAAGAAGACACGCAGAAGAUUUUAGUCCUACUGGGGGCCACAGGACCAGGUGAAGAAGACAACGUGCGGCUUCUUAAGUUUUGGAUGACAGGACUCAGCAAGACCUACAAGAGCCAUCUGAUGACAGCUGUGAGAAGUCUGAGCCAGUGAGAGAGAGAGAGGGAGUAAGGGAGGGUGGGCAGGGGGACAAUGGACUCAUUGCUUGGGUAUGAUAAAAGGAAAGCAUGUGUGAAUUAUAGGAAAAGGCGGCCAGGUCGUGGCCCUUUUGAAAGAAUGGUUUUCUGUAUGGUACAAGGAAAUUUUUCUCAGAGAGAACGUAAAAGCAAUCGCUGUAAUUGAAGCCUCGGAAAGAUAUAGUUAGAGACGUGCAUUUAAAUGGAAUGUUGUUUUACUGUCAUGACCAGGCAUGUCUUUAUCACUGGGUAUUUGUGUAUGUCUAAUGAAGGACAACGGUGCACUUAACAUUCACGUCAUCACAUGUUCUGUUUGUAACUCUUAGAGAGAAAAUGAGAAUUUUAUUUGCAAUUUAUUUAUUCUUGUUUGAUAACUUGUAUACUGUAAAAUUAGACAUACUAAAUAAAGAGACUGUACAGCUUGUAAAAUUUUUAAUCCAAUUAAUUCUUGCAAUUGCUAAAAGUGACAUUUACUGCUGUAACAAAAAGUAACAACACUAAACCAAUUACCAUUUUUACAACUUGUUACAGCAUGCUACAUAACCUCAAGCCAUUCAAUAAACACUGCUAACAUAUAAGCAGCUCUCAGAUAAGUAUGCACUUUGUUUCAUUUGAGGGAGAUUAGGCUAUAUAAGUGUAUUCCUACCAACAGUUCCUAAAAGGAGUGUAAUUUGUUGUAAAAUCCUGUAUUUGAUUCAUCACUGUGGUUAAAGGAUUUUAAUAUAGGCAGGACAGAGUGUAACCCACAGGUCAAAUUUGCAAGAUACUUCCUGUUUGUACAAGCUGAUUGACUGCAGUGUGUAGGAUUUGCUGGAUAACAGCCAGGAUAUAUCUUGUGCAACACAGUUAAUCAUGCCUUCAUGAACAUAAAGUUCACUUUACUGUAA